CGAGACACACGGCUGUGAUCUUUUCUCCUUUGCAAAGUCCUCGGAGAGUCAGCGAGUUGACUCUGUUCCUUCCCCUGGCCCCCCUCUCCUUCCUUCACUCCGUCUCCCGGCAUUCCCCACUCCUGUCCCUGUUUGUUUAAAUACCGGCCUCGGAAGUAUCGGCCCCAUUCAGAAUCAGCCUCACCACCAUGUUUCUUCUGACUUCAGUCUUGGUAGGAGUUGUCUGCCUUUUGAUGGUGUGGAUCUUUAAAAGUGCUGAUGGAGGCACCCAGAGAAGGAAGGGGGAGCCUAGAGCCAGGGCCGAGGCUCGCCCCUGGGUGGAUGAAGACUUGAAAGACAGCACUGAAGUCCACCAGGUGGAAGAAGACGCUGACGAAUGGCAAGUGUCAGAGGAAGAGGUGGAACACGUCCCAUUCUCCCACACCCGGUAUCCUGAGAAGGAAAUGCUUAAGAGAUCCCAGGAAUUUUAUGAACUUCUCAAUAAGAGACGGUCUGUUAGAUUCAUAAGUAAUGAGCAAGUCCCAGUGGAAGUGAUUGAUAAUGUCAUCAAAGCAGCAGGAACAGCCCCAAGUGGGGCCCACACAGAGCCCUGGACCUUUGUGGUUGUGAAGGACCCGGACGUGAAGCAUAAGAUUCGGGAGAUCAUUGAGGAGGAAGAGGAAAUAAACUACUUGAAGAGGAUGGGACCUCAAUGGGUUUCAGACCUGAAGAAACUGAGGACCAACUGGAUUAAGGAGUACUUGGACACAGCCCCUGUUUUGAUUCUCAUUUUCAAACAAGUACACGGUUUUGCUGCAAAUGGCAAGAAAAAGACCCACUACUACAAUGAGAUCAGUGUUUCCAUCGCUUGUGGCAUCCUCCUAGCUGCCCUGCAGAACGCGGGACUGGUGACUGUCACGACCACUCCUCUCAACUGUGGCCCCCGUCUGAGGGUGCUCCUGAACCGCCCCACAAAUGAAAAGCUGCUGGUACUGCUCCCUGUGGGGUACCCCAGCAAAGAGGCCACGGUGCCUGACCUCGCACGGAAGCCUCUGCAUCAGAUCAUGGUGACUGUGUAGGCAGGACACAGGCAGGGACCUGCUGGGAGGUGAUGCCCCCCACUCCUUUCUCCUGUUCCUUUGGGAGUACAGGCUGCUCUCUCCCUGGGCGCUCCGUCUCCCUGGCACUCCACUCCGGGGGGUUGGCCUCUCUGUGUGCGAAGAAACCUUUGCACUUUCUACAGCACUUUGAGUCUGAGGAGCCCUGAUUCCGAUAGUGUGAUUAGCUGAACCAUACAGAGUAAGAGAUGAAUAGGUAUGUUCUCUUCCAUUUCUUACCCACUUUGGAAAUGCAUUAAAUUUUUGCUAAGAACA